AUGUGGUACUUGCUCCGUGUGCUCAAGCCUGAUUGGCGGGAGAAACGCAUGUUCGGAUCAUUGCUUAUAGCUAUUUCGAUCCCUGAUCUGUACAUCGAAGUAUUCCAACUCGCGCGUCUUGAGAACCGUUCCCUACUGCGAACAGCAAAAACUCCGAGAAACGCUUCACAUGGAAUGGAAACCACAGCAAGGGUAUCCGUGAACUGGACAUGUUGCGCCUUUAUUUUCCUUCAAGGGAUCAUUAGCAAAUUCCUGCAAAUACCAAAAAUCGCAAGUCCCGUCCCGUUUCCAAAUGUCAUCCAGACGUGUCGGCAGUGGAAUGGCAUUUGCGAUCGCGGCCUUUACACCCGUUUGAGUCAGUCCGCGCAUACGCAAAGGCAAGCCAAAAGCAAUAAGCUAGCGAGAUUCUUCAUCUUAGCUGAGAAAGGUAGACCAGUAGGCUCCUAUGCUCUCAAUAUUCAACUGCUUAGAGUGAACGAGAUGCUGCUAUAUGUAUGGCACGUAAGUCCUUGCAGCAGGCUUAGUACGGGUGACACUCCUUGUUUGCUUGUCUCGGAUGCAUACGAUGCCGUCGAGAGGCUGGAGUGGAGAACUUUAUCGUCACUCAUAACGGGAGGUAAGUGGUGUGACUCUUGUUGUACGGUAGCUGGGCUACCCGCAUUCUUCUUCUCUGGAGAUCGACGCCAACACAGCUGGCUUGCCUUCGAACAAGCAAGCUCGCUCUCACAAACCCCAUCUGCUGCAUACGCGAGUCUGGCCACGCAGCUGCAUACGCGAGUCUGGCCACGCAUACGGUCCCGUCUUGAGGUAGUUUUGUUCUACGAUGGCCCGCAAGCUCGAAGAUUCAGAUGCCUGGCGUACUGCGUCAAGAUAGCAGGCAUGUCAGCAACUCAAGCAUAUGCUUUAAGCUUAAUACAGCCUGCACUUUCCUGGCUUUUUCUAUUUAUUUCGUUCGAAGAAUUGCGGCCUGAACGUAUUCACAAAAGCAAACACAUGUUUUUCGACACUCCAUUUAAGGGCUGCAGACUCCGUUCGGAGUCCUUGGCGGGGUUGAACAUUCAGGCUUUUCCCCAGGUCGAGGGUCAAGCAAGAGAUGGCAUCAUGGCGAUUGGUCCCUCGUAUCCCGGACCAAAUCACGACCUUAUAUUGACCAGUAGAUGUUCAGAGCCUAUACGUUGGGUGUGCAUAUUCUGGAAGGGAGACAGUAGGACACAUCAGCGGGAUGCAGGACACUUUGGCUGUAUAUAUGCUGCGAUACUGAGCAGGUUUGCGCUGAUUGUUCGCGCGGCGGUCCUAUCGGAAGAAGACGCUGUUGAGCAUCUCGGGACUCAUUAUUGUGCUUCGUCAAAGGAGGUGGAGUUCUCCGCCAAGCCGGCGGAAUUGCAAUCCCGCUCCGACCUUUGCGCAGGCAUUCAUACCAUACCGUAUGAACGCCCUCAUAUAGAGGACCGACAGCCGGCCAUCAAUUCGAGCCCAGAAAGAGUAAGCAGAGAGGCGAUCGCUGCAUAUGAAGCAAUUCAUUUGCUAAAGUCGUUGCUGAUCGUCUUCGCUCGGCAAUACCCAAGAUCUUGGUCCAUAAUCCGUCGGACUCUUCCACGAAAUGGCCGGCGUGCUCUAUACCCAAGGCGGUCUUCUCAGGGCUGGUUGGAGACUGUUAUGUCUGUGAGACACGGCCGAGACAUAAAUAUGGUCUGGAGCAGUCUUCCACUUAUCUUCGACGGCACUGUCAAGAGCAAGAAGUACGAUCGAUCCUGCUGCAAUGACAGAGCACUUCUUGCGAUAGAAAAUCCACAACCUCCGCUGCUGCGAGAAUUCACUCACAACCCGACGCGCCAUGAUUACUUGACAGGCUGGAAGAGCUUUCUAGAGCCUUUCAUCUUGUUUGCUGGUUGUUUUACACCAUCUAAGAAUAUGGUUCAUUAUAAGUACAUGACAACCCUUCCGUUCACAGCACCUUACUCCCUCCAAGUACUUCAUGCACUCGCCGACUUCCGCUGCCACGUUUUCGCCGCCACAGAUUGCAUAGACGAUGUCGCGAUUUUCAUCCCGCUUGGCCACACCCACGUCUUCAUCGGCAACGUUCGAGCCUCAAUCAGAGCGGACAAAGCACACGAAAUCAUUCAUCUGAAAAAUCCACAGAACAUGGGCGAGGAAUUGGCGAAAGGGAUGGCGAAGUUCAGAGAUGAUCCAGCUAACAGCAUACCUGACCACGCAAAGUUCAUAUGCACAAAGGCGCAGGGCGCGGAGCUUAAAGAAGUUGUAAAGAAGAGGGUCACGCAAAUCGUGGAAAGGGCGUAUCCAGAAGGUCUCGGAUGGCUGGAACGUCCUGAAUCGCAGGAAGUCAAGCAGUAUGCUGCCUGGGCCUGCUUUCACACCAAUCGACUCUUCGACGAAAGUGAACGCAUCACAACGGGCGGCUACAUUGUGCAAGCAUUAUAUGAACUCAUGUACUGCGACUUACGAGAUGCAUCCCCAGCUUAUGGAUUCGUGGCCCAGCCGGGAAAAGAACCUUACUGGUUGGACAGGAUCACCGAAGAGGGUGUUCCAACCCAAUCUCUCGACGGCUUCGGCUUCAACGAGCCAUAUGCUGCACCAAUGCUGCCGUCUGAGACCGAGCUUCACUUCAUUUGGCAUGAGGCUAAAUCAGAAUGGAGCCGCACCCUCCAGCAAGCAAGAAAGCCGUAA